UGCGCUGUGUGAGGAGGGGAGGAGAGUGCGCAUGAGUCGAGCGAGAGGGGAAAGGAGUGCGCAUGCGCUUUGCUGGAGGGAAGGGGGGGAGUGCGCAUGCGCCAGACGGAAGAGCGAUGGCGGAGCAGAUCCAGAAGAAGCUGCAGGGGGAGCUGGAGAAGUACCAGCAGCUGCAGAAGGACCUCAGCAAAUCGGUGGCGGCGCGGCAGAAGUUGGAGGCUCAGCUGACGGAGAACAACAUUGUCAAAGAGGAGCUGGAGCUGCUGGACGACACCAACACCAUCUUCAAGCUGCUGGGCCCGGUGUUGGUGCGGCAGGACAUGGAGGACGCCCGCGUCACCGUGGCCAAACGCCUGCAGUACAUCACGGGCGAGAUCAAACGCUACGAGCAGCAGAUGCAGGAGAUGGAGAAGAGGUCGGAGCAGCAGAGGGAGCUGCUGGCACGGCUGCAGCACGACUUCCAGAGGGCACAAAGCAAGGCGUGACCCCCCCCGGCCCCACACUUGGGGGUCCUGAUGGACGGAGACCCCCCCCCCUCCCCAAAAAAGGUCCCCCCGGGACCACCCAAUGAAAGCCCGGUGGAUGCUCUGUGAA